GUGGCUGGCGUGUCGCCUGGCUGUCACCUGGUGCCGGCAGAAGCUCCAUGCGUCGGCUCCUUUGGCUUCUUCUGGGCCCAGAACAUCAGCCUGAAGUUCCCACGGGAGCAGCAGACUGUGGAGAUUGACAACGUCUGGAUCUCCAGUAAGCUGAGCCGGGAGCUGCCGCGCUACUUCGAGCUGUGUUUUGGUGAGGUGCGAAUCCGCACAGAUCUCCAGAAGGGCCCUGGGUUGGAGCCGCCCGUCCUGGAGGCUCCCAGAGAAGCUGAUGGAAAUGAAAGCAGAACAGACCUGACCCUUAAACCCUCCCUGCUGAGGCUCCUUAGCCAGCUCUUUUCCAUCCACAUGGAUUCCAUCAACAUCAUGGUUCUGCACGUGGCCACCUCAGAGUCUCUUUGGCACAUCCAGGCCAGCAAGACACGUCUCCUCCUGAAUGGUGACGGGAAGAGCCUGACCUGCGAGGUGAGCCUGACAAAGGUGAACAGCAAAGUCCUCCGGAGCAGCCAGCUGGAUGACGCCUGCCUGGCAGAGCUGGCCCUGGCACUCUCCCUCUCGCUGGAGCUCGGCAGCAAACGGCGGCUGGUGGGCGUCAGGCUGCGCAUCCGGACCCUGCAGGCAGAGCUGCACGAAGGGCUCUUCUGCAGCCCACUGCUGCACCGUGUCACCACAGGGGGACAGCCUGGCACAGGCCCCAGGGAGCCCUUGACAUCCCUGUCUCUGCUGAGCAGGGACACGCUGCAGCUCAUUCCCAGGAGGGUGGAGGUGAAGCUGGAGAACACCAGCACAGUGCUGUCUAUGAACAGCCAGAAGAGGCACCUUACUUGGAGCCUGAAGCUCCUCCAGUUUUUAUAUCAGCGUGAAGAGGAACAGAUCCCGCUGCGCAACUUCACGCCCACCUCCGACCUGGACCAAAUGAGUGUAGACCUCCAGCUGGAGGAUGGCCUUCUCCUGUCCCAGAGCCGGCAGCGCAUCGUGUGCCUCAACUCCCUGAAGACCAGCGUGCAGGUCACAGCCAUUGACCUCUCGGCUGCUGUGCUGCUCAACACCUGCAUCAUCCACUACCGCCACCAAGAGUUUUCGCACUGGCUGGGCCUGUUGGCACAGGAAUACAGGUGCCAGGCAGUGCCUGUCCCCAGCCAAGGGCACAAGGGAAGGAGCUAUCCCCAGAUCAUAGCGCCCAUCAUCCUGUGUGCCUCGCUGUCCAACGUCAGCGUGUCAGUGCAGCUGGGGGACACGCCACCCUUCGCCUUGGGCUUCAACUCCAUCUCUGCAGACUACCAGCACCUGCGGCCACAGAGUGUGCACCAGCGAGCGGUGCUGGCCGUGGACCACCUCUGCUGGCGCGUGGGCAACGACUCGCACAUCCAGCGUGCCCCACACCCUCCCAACAUGCACGUGUGGGGAGAAGCCCUCAUCCUCGACUCCUUCAACCUGCAGGGCAGCUACAACCAGCCCCUGGGCAUGUCCAGUGCCCAGUCGGACACACUCUUCCUGGACUGCACCAUCCGGGGGUUGCAAGUGGAGUCGUCAGACACCUGCACCGAGUGCCUGGCCAGGGUCCUGCCCCUCUUCUGCCCGCGGCCCAGUGGAGCUGAGCUUGCCCAGCAGCCACCCUCUGCCUCAAGCGAGCCCUGGGGGCUGCUCUGGAAGGUGGAUUUGAAGGUGGAGGACGUGAACCUUUUCACAGUCUCAGCCCUGGUGGGUGCCCUGGAGCUGCGGCUGGACACGCUGACCAUCCUGGGCAGUGCGGAGAGCUGCACGGUCAGCGUCCAGGGCAUGGUGCUGGCCUUGGUGAAAAGCAUCACGGAGAAGAUGCAGCCGUGCUGCAAAGCUCCUGCCAUCCCCAACCCGGUGGCCAACCUCUUGCAGCAUCCGCUCCCUGGAG